AUGCAAUUGGUUGUACUGUGUGAAGGAGGCGUAUUGAUUUUGCUCAUCGAAUCUAUUGACAACAAAAUUCAAUAUUCGCGUCAGACGAAUGUGAAAGCGUACUCAUCGACAUUGAUUGGUUUUCUGUUUGCUUUAAUCGUUUGUCGUUGGGAUAUUUUACACUCUUUAAUCACAACUGCUGGCACCUGUCUCAUUUUAGCGAGUGUCACAGCACGAUACGUUCAUAUUGCUACAUUUAUCUGGUGUUUUUCGUAUCUAUUAUUUUUCCGCACAACGAAUUUUUUUUCAAUUCGACUACCUGUUUCGCAUAGUAAUGCCAUUCAAUUAAUGUUAACAUUGAAACUUGUUAGUGUUGCUUUUGAGUGGCACGAUUCUUAUACGCGUUUGAAAACUAUUCGUAAACAAACGAAUGCAGAAGAGAGUGAAAAGUUACAUUUACAAGAUAUGUAUCUCUCAGUGAAACCAACGACACUGAGAGUUUUUCAAUAUGCCUAUUGUUAUAUUGGUCUUUUAACUGGUCCAUAUUAUCGAUAUCGAACAUAUCAUGAUUGGCUCGAAAUGAAGCAUGGAGUGCAUAUCAAUGGCUUAGUGUUUAUGAGAAAGCGUGUCAUCUUCGGUUCAAUUUAUAUAUUAACUUAUUUACUUCUAUCAACAAUUGUUUCAUUUAAUGAUGCACUCGAUGAUAAAUUCUAUGACAAUCCACUGUGGUAUCGCUUACUCUACAUGCCACUAAUAUUCACAUUGUUUCGUUUUCGAUUCUAUUCUGCUUGGUUACUAGCCGAAUGUAUGUGUAUGGCCGCUGGUUUUGGUGCUUAUCCACUGGCCAGUAAACCGAAACCAGGACAAGGUCCAACCGAUCUCGUUGCAUUAAAACAAGCCUAUGAACAAGCACCGAAUACGAUUGGUUAUGAUUUCGAAACAGUUCAUAAUAUAGAUGAAUGGAAAUGUGAAACAGCAUUAACGGUUAAAGAAGUUCUCCGAUACUGGAAUAUGAGCGUUCAAUACUGGAUGGCAACAUGUGUUUACAAACGAAUCAGAUGGCGUCAAAUUGCUCAUCCAGCCACAAUGUUUAUAUCCGCCUAUUGGCACGGUAUCCAUCUAGGUUAUUAUAUGGGAAUGGUAACAACAACGCCAUGUAUCCUCGCUGAAAACGUUAUGGAGGCCGGUGUACGUCGUCGUAUUCCAGCAAAUAGUAUGCUCCAUCGAGUGUAUGACUUUUGCUCAUGGUUGUUUCGUACACGUAUGUUCGACUACAUGUCCAUUGGUUUUAUUCUCAAGUACUUUCAUUACACAUGGAAAUAUUGGAAGAGCGUAUAUUUCAUUGGUCACAUUGUAACAUUAGUCCUAUAUGUAAUUGGCCUAGUGGCUAUUCAGAUGCGACCUAAAGGAAAACGAAAAGAGGUUGUUAAUAAAGAUCUUGGCAUGGGCGCACAACCGAAAGCUUCAUCCGAACAACAUCAACGACUUGAACAAGAACAACAUGAACAUAAAAAAGAACUUUAA